CGACUGAGCACCUGUGCACUUCAUUGUUAGUCUCUGUAAGAUGUGGGAGGCAAACAGGACAACACAGAGAAAAAUCAGAGCAAAAAGUCCCCAUCUCUUUCUGAAUAUCAUGCAUUUUUAUUUGCUUCGACACAAACGCUCAGUGAAGAUAGCAUUUUCCAGUUUUCUGUGUUUGUCUUUCAUUAUACACUUCUAUAUGAACUACACAGCGACGCCACAUUCCCCUCGACUUCCCAAGGGAAAUGUGGGGAAACUCAGAGGAUCCAUCCCUGACCAGACCGCCAUGUUUACAGAUCCCUUUGUCCACAAAUGUCCUCCUGGAUUUUACAGCAAGCAGGAGCUCAGGCCUCACCUUCAGAGGCCUUAUCAAGAUCGCUGGGAACCGGGAGCAGACGGCAAGCCAUUCGUGUGGCGCUCUAUGACUGCUGAGGAACAGAAAGAGGAAUCGAGUGGUUUUAAGAAAAACCAGUUCAACCAGUUUGCCAGCGAUCGCAUCUCUCUGCACCGGGAUCUGGGAAAGGACACACGGCCUCCAGACUGCCUGAAGCAGAAGUUUUUGAGACGUCCCGGCCUUCCAACCACCAGCGUGAUCAUAGUGUUUCACAACGAGGCCUGGUCCGCUCUGCUCAGGACGGUCUACAGUGUCCUGCACACAGCUCCUGCUGCUCUGCUCACAGAGAUCUUACUGGUGGACGACGCCAGUACAGAUGAUCUCUUAAAGAUUCCACUGGAUGAAUAUGUGCAGGAGCUGCGAAUAGUGCGAGUCCUGCGUCAGACGGAGAGAAAAGGCCUGAUCACAGCCAGGCUGAUGGGGGCUCAGGCUGCACAGGGGGAGGUCCUGACCUUCCUAGAUUCCCACUGUGAAUGUUUCCCUGGCUGGCUGGAGCCUCUUCUGGCUCGAAUAGCAAACGAGCCCAGAGCCGUGGUGAGCCCAAGAAUCACAUCGAUCGAUAAUCGCAGCCUGAGGUUUCACAAACCAGUGCCUGAACUGCAAAACUACAGCCGAGGAAAUUUUGAUUGGAGACUCAAGUUUGGAUGGGAACGCGUUCCAGACGAGGAGAAGAAGCGCAGAAAGAAUGAGACAUACCCUAUCAGAACGCCUACCUUCGCUGGUGGCCUGUUCUCUAUUUUGAAAUCCUACUUUGAGCAAAUUGGAUCCUAUGAUGACCAGAUGGAGUUCUGGGGAGGGGAGAAUCUAGAAAUGUCUUUCAGGGUUUGGCAAUGUGGAGGCCUCUUAGAGAUCAUUCCUUGUUCUGUUGUUGGCCACAUUUUCCGCAAGAAGAGCCCUCACAGGUUUCCAAAUGGUAGCACAAUCAUCCUCCGCAACUUGGUGCGUCUGGCUGAAGUCUGGAUGGAUGACUACAAGUGGAUUUUCUAUCGCGCAAACAGAAAGGCUGUCUCCAUUUUUCGAACGGAUUCAUAUGGCGAUGUUUCUGAACGCCGUAAACUCAGAGAAAAACUUAACUGCAAGAACUUUUCUUGGUACCUGAACAAUAUUUACCCAGAGGCAUAUGUCCCUGAAAUCAGGCCCAUCAUCUAUGGACAGUUAAACAACACUGGUAGCGGCUGCCGGCUGGAUGUGGGAAGAGUCAAAAAGCGCUGGGAGGAGGGCCAAAUCUUCAAAUGUAACAACCGAGGCGAAGCGCAGUAUUUUGAGUAUACCUCCAAAAGUGAGAUUCGACUCAGUGCUGGCAAUCAGUUGUGCUUACAUGCCAGCUCUGAAAUGGCUUUGGUUUUUCUUGAGCGGUGCCAAUCGAAGAAAAAAGCAGCACAAGAGCAAAUCUGGAUCUUCACAAAGAAAAACCAAAUGAAGAACCCUUCAUCAGACAAGUGUUUGACAGUCGCAGGUGGCAACGUGAUUUUGUCUAAAUGCAGAUCCACCUCAGAGAAUCAGGGCUGGGUCUUCAUCCGACCGAAGUAAGAGGCUUCGAGCAUGUGGCCUGAUUCUGCUACCAGUGUUUCCUGAAUAAGGUUUAAAAUAAACAAAUGAGGAAAAUGGU